AUGUCCUGGAUGUUCAAGAGAGAUCCUGUUUGGAAGUACUUGCAGACUGUCCAAUACGGAGCCCAUGGAAAUUUUCCACGCCUCUCAUAUCCAACUUUCUUUCCCCGUUUUGAAUUCCAAGAUAUUAUACCUCCAGACGAUUUCCUAACUAGUGAUGAAGAGCUAGAUUCAGUUUUAUUUGGAACUUUGAGAGGUCAUGUAGUUGGACUACGCUAUUACACAGGAGUAGUUAAUAAUAAUGAAAUGGUUGCAUUACAACGGGAACCCAAUAACCCCUAUGAUAAGAAUGCAGUUAAAGUAAACAAUGUGAAUGGAAAUCAGGUUGGCCAUUUAAAGAAAGAUCUAGCAGCUGCUUUGGCCUAUAUCAUGGACAACAAAUUGGCACAAAUUGAAGGGGUCGUUCCUUUUGGUGCAAACAAUGCUUUUACCAUGCCUCUCCAUAUGACUUUUUGGGGAAAAGAAGAAAAUAGGAAAGCGGUUUUAGAUCAGUUAAAGAAACAUGGAUUUAAAUUGGGUCCUGCACCAAAAACUUUAGGAUUCAGUUUAGAAAGUAGUUGGGGCUCUGGAAGAGCUGGACCAAGCUAUAGUAUGCCAGUUCAUGCUGCAGUACAGAUGACAACUGAACAGCUUAAAACAGAAUUUGACAAAUUGUUUGAAGAUUUAAAAGAAGAUGAUAAAACUCAUGAAAUGGAGCCAGCUGAGGCUGUUGAAACACCAUUGCUUCCACAUCAAAAACAAGCUCUAGCUUGGAUGGUUUCACGGGAAAACAGUAAAGACCUUCCACCGUUUUGGGAACAGCGAAGUGACUUCUACUACAACACAAUAACAAAUUUUUCUGAGAAGGAUCGACCAGAAAAUGUCCAUGGAGGAAUUUUAGCUGAUGAUAUGGGUUUGGGCAAAACUUUGACAGCCAUUGCAGUAAUUCUUACCAACUUCCAUGAUGGCAAACCUCUUCCUGUUGAGAGAAUUAAAAAAAGUCAACUGAAGAAGGAGUGUAAUGUUAACGAUCAAACUAUGAAACUUGGAGGAAAUACCAGUGAAAAGGCAGAUGGACUAAUCAAAGACAGAUCUAGAUGUAGUGGAGAACCCAGUAUUUCAGAUGUCAAGGGAAAGAAUAAAUAUCCCAAGUCAGAAUUGUCUAGCUCCCGCCCCAAAAGAAGAAAAACUGUUGUCCAGUAUAUUGAAAGCAGUGAUUCAGAAGAAAUUGAAACAAAUGAAUUGCCACAGAAAAUGAAAGGCAAACUGAAAAAUUCACAGUCUGAGACUAAAAGAGUAAAAGCAGGAUCUUCUAAGGUUAAAGAAGAUGCAGAAUUUGCAUGUGCACUUAUUUCAGCUACCCCUGCAACAAAAAGGAGAAUGUUGAAAAAAGGAGCAUCUGCAGUAGAGAGUUCAAAGAAAACUGAUGUUGAAGAGAGACCAAGAACAACACUGAUCAUCUGUCCACUUUCUGUGUUAAGCAACUGGAUUGAUCAAUUUGGACAACAUAUAAAAUCAGAUGUGCACUUGAAUUUUUAUGUUUAUUAUGGUCCUGACCGUAUAAGAGACCCAGCCUUGCUUUCAAAACAAGAUAUUGUUUUGACUACAUACAACAUUUUAACUCAUGACUAUGGAACUAAAGGUGAUAGUCCAUUACAUAGCAUAAGGUGGCUAAGAGUGAUCCUGGAUGAAGGACAUGCGAUAAGAAAUCCAAAUGCUCAGCAGACAAAAGCUGUACUUGAUUUAGAAGCAGAGAGAAGAUGGGUAUUAACAGGUACUCCGAUUCAGAAUUCUUUGAAGGAUUUGUGGUCUCUUCUUUCCUUUUUAAAACUUAAGCCAUUUCUUGAUAGAGAAUGGUGGCAUAGAACAAUACAGCGUCCUGUCACAAUGGGAGAUGAAGGGGGACUUAGGCGUUUACAAUCCCUAAUUAAAAAUAUUACUCUUAGAAGAACAAAGACCAGCAAAAUUAAAGGAAAACCUGUUUUGGAGUUACCAGAACGUAAAGUAUUUAUUCAGCACAUUACACUUUCAGAUGAAGAGAGAAAAAUUUAUCAGUCUGUAAAAAAUGAAGGCAGAGCUACUAUUGGAAGGUAUUUUAAUGAAGGGACUGUCCUUGCACACUAUGCAGAUGUCCUGGGUCUUUUGCUUAGAUUGCGGCAGAUUUGUUGUCAUACUCAUCUUCUUACGAAUGCAGUGUCUUCCAGUGGUCCCUCAGGAAAUGAUACACCUGAAGAACUACGAAAGAAGUUAAUAAGGAAGAUGAAGUUAAUUCUGAGCUCAGGUUCUGAUGAAGAAUGUGCAAUUUGCUUGGAUUCUUUAACGGUUCCUGUCAUAACACAUUGUGCACAUGUCUUUUGUAAGCCCUGUAUUUGCCAAGUCAUUCAGAACGAGCAGCCACAUGCUAAAUGUCCUUUAUGCAGAAAUGAUAUACAUGGAGACAGUUUAUUAGAAUGUCCUCCAGAAGAAUUGGCAUGUGACACUGAAAAAAAGUCUAAUAUGGAAUGGACAUCCAGUUCAAAGAUUAAUGCACUAAUGCAUGCAUUGAUUGACUUAAGAAAGAAGAACCCCAACAUAAAAAGUUUAGUUGUUUCUCAGUUUACAACAUUCCUGUCUUUAAUAGAAACACCACUCAGAGCCUCUGGAUUUGUGUUUACUCGUUUGGAUGGUUCUAUGGCACAGAAGAAAAGAGUUGAAUCAAUUCAGUGUUUUCAAAACACUGAAGCAGGAUCUCCAACUAUAAUGCUUCUAUCUUUGAAAGCAGGUGGAGUUGGUUUAAAUCUUUCUGCAGCUUCUCGUGUGUUUUUAAUGGAUCCAGCCUGGAAUCCAGCUGCUGAAGAUCAGUGCUUUGACAGAUGCCAUAGACUUGGCCAGAAGCAAGAAGUUAUCAUCACAAAAUUCAUUGUGAAGGAUUCUGUUGAAGAAAAUAUGCUGAAAAUACAAAACACAAAGAGAGAACUUGCUGCUGGAGCCUUUGGAACUAAAAAAACAAAUGCUAAUGAAAUGAAACAAGCUAAAAUUAAUGAGAUCAGAACUUUAAUUGAUUUAUAA